GCAGGAACUGAUGAUGUGGCACAACACUUUCCCCCCCACUGGCAAAUCAGAAGUGAGGCGAAGGCUGUUAUUUUGCUUUGCCUUCCCACAAGGCUCCUCACCACAAACCAUGGCUUAGAGAGAUCUUUUGUUCCUCCAGCUGUCUUAGGCUAUUUCUCAGAUGAUUUCGCCAGCGCAAUAACUUGCUGCCCUCUACAACUUGAGCUUCACAGACUUCCAAAGAUAACAGGAUACAACAUACUAAUUUAAACAUGAGGAUUAUGAGCCAGCUAUCCAUCAUUCAGCUCCUCUGGGCUACUCUGGUCUUUGGUCAAUAUGAAGACUACGAUUUUGAGGAUGAAUAUGAGGAGCCAGAUCAUCAACAGCCAUAUUAUUUUAAUCCAAAUACACAAGCUGAAGUUCCUCCCUUUCCUUUUCCAGUCCAUUGUGCCAGAGAAUGCUUUUGUCCACCAGCUUUUCUGUUAUCAAUGUACUGUGAUCAUCGCAAACUUAAGACAAUACCAAAUAUCCCUAGUCACGUCCAACAACUCUAUCUGCAAAACAACGACAUUGAAGCUGUGCCUGCAGGACCAUUCGCUAAUGUUUCUUUCUUACGAGAAAUUAACCUCAGCCACAACAAAAUCAAAUUUCAUAUGAUUGACCACGGUGUUUUUGCCAAGCUUUCAAACUUGGUGCAGCUUCACUUACAACACAAUGAAUUAGAAGAACUCCCAUUCCCACUGCCCAGCUCUCUAGAGAGACUCUUCCUUGGAUUCAACAGGAUCUCUCAGUUAUCCAGAAAUGCAUUGGAAGGAUUACCUAACAUAACCAUGCUUGAUCUUUGCAAUAACCUUCUCGAUGACCCUGUACUCAAAGGAAAACCCUUUUCAAACAUGAAAAGCUUAAUGCAACUCAAUUUAUGCAACAACAAACUACAGACUAUGCCUCCAGAUCUACCCCUGUCACUGAUGUAUCUCUCUCUUGAAAAUAACUCCAUUUCUUCUAUUCCAGAAAACUAUUUCAACAGACUGCCAAAAAUCAUCGCUCUGAGGAUGUCCCACAAUAACCUGCAGAACAUUCCACCCAACACCUUUAAUCUACCCAACCUUCUAGAACUUAAUCUUGGACACAACAAACUGAAACAAGUGUUUUAUAUUCCGAGAAGCUUGCAGCAUUUGUACAUUGAAGACAAUGACAUGGAAACCAUAAACGUUACUUUGAUGUGCCCCUCUAUUGAUCCAAUGAACAUCAACCAAUUAACCUAUAUCCGAGUGGAUCAAAACAAGCUUACAAUUCCCAUAAGCACAUAUGCGUUCUUUUGCUUCCCUCACAUUCGAACCAUUUAUUAUGGUGAGCAACACGUUAACGUCAACAAGUCAACUCAGCUGAGAACACCAGUGUUCCGACGAUUUUUAACACCAGAAGAAUACCACGAGGCAGAAGACUAUCCUGAAACACAUGAUCGUGAGACCGAAGAUCAUGAAGCAGAAGACAACUUCUCUCACCUUUACUUCCAGCAAAGCAAUUGUUGUUAAUGAGUAUACAUGGAAACUUUUCAUUAGUUGGGGGGUAUUCAUAUCCAUUUCAGAACAGCUUGAUACUUUAGGAUACGCAAGAUAUGUCUAUAAAAUGCAUACAGGAUUUUAGUGUAGGUAAAUGUCCUACUACCGAUGUAGUAAAACACAUAAUACUAGGAGCAAGGAGCCCUCAUCUCAGCCUUAGACAGCAGUCUGAUAUAUAACUGGUGAUGAUGGACUUAUCCUUGGUGGGCAGCCUCAGCUGAAGAAAACUGACCUCAAACAGCUUCUGUGUUCUAAAGUGAUCCAGCUUGGAAAAUGACUAGAAUAGAAAUGAAUGUCACACCUUACAGGAACACGUGGAUAAGGCCAAAAAUCCAUCCAGCUAUACCUGCCACUACUAACAGCAGUAGAAAAUAGACACUCUAGAGAAAAGAAUAAGAGGGUACUUCCACAAAAGCUCCUUCAUCUCUUCCAGAAAUAUGGAUGGUUAUUCUUUCAAUUUUAAUUGGACAGGAGAAUCACAAACAUUCAACUUCAAAUGUUCCUCAUACCAUAUCUGCAGUGUCCUGCCAAGGUGCAUGAUAAUACUGAUUUCUCAGCUUGUUCCUCAACUACCAGAAUCUUUUAAAGGAGAUUUUAGCUUCUGAGUAAUAUAGGCAACAAACAACCUUUUGUCAAAGCUCUUAGGAUCUAGGAAAAGGAUGUGCAUUAAUACAACUGAACCAGCAAUAUUUACAUUUUACCUAUGCUUUAGCCCCCGGUGUUCUAGAAGGCACAUAAAACUGUAACGUACUCCUUUUAUUAGAAUUGUUCAUCGAGUAGAACAGGUACAAACACCAGCAUCGCAGCUGUUUACAUCACUGAUUUAGAGCAGCACUCUGCAGAGCUAAUGUCAAUUAGCUGCCUUCUGCUGCAAAGUAGGGCAAAAACUGCUUUAAGCAAAGAAAAGCAAUAUAUACUACUGGAGCUAUGCGAGCUUGUUAUGUCUUUUGCCUACAAACAGUCAAAUAAUGACUGAGUAAGAUAAUACUACAGAGAACUUCACUGAUCUAUUUUUUAAACAUCCUUUAUUUUUUACCACUUUGUUACUGUGAGGAAGAAUCGCUGUUUUCAACAAGGAAAACAAAUGAAUGCCAGCAAUAGAACCAUACAAACUACCAAUUUUAUAUUAUGAAUUCAGUGCAGACAAACUCAAAAGGCUACAUAAAAUCCUGUGAGCAAAUUUGAAUUAGAAUUUCCAAAAAUUUUCAGAUAGUUGCGUUUUUUUCUCUUACAAUUUCAGUUACUGAAUCCCACCUUAGUAUAUUUUAGUUCCUGAUGAAACAACAAAAACAUUAAGAAAAUGAAAACAGCCACAAAUGAAAACAGCCAUGUUUGAUGGAACAAAAUUCCUCACAAGCUCAUUAACAUAACCUUUAAGAAAAGGUUAAGUUAUAUAGUGUUAAAGAACAACUGCUUGUAGAAAUCCGUAGAUGCAAACUUUAUUCUGUCAUUAUUAGUAUGUGGGUCUCUCAUCAACUCACUCAAAUCUCUUCCUCCUCUUCCCCUUUUUCUUACCUACACUGUCUGAACAGACAGAA